GCAACACUUCGCUUCCCUUCUUCAUCGCUUAAAAGGUCGAAGCCGCUGCUCCAAUAGCUCUCUCUAUUCUCCGCCGUCACCUAGAUUGAAAAGCAGAGAAGCUUGAAAACCAUGGCGUACGCAGCGAUGAAGCCCACCAAGCCUGGACUCGAAGUGCCUCAGGAGCAGAUCCACAAGAUUAGGAUCACUCUCUCCUCAAAGAACGUCAAGAACCUCGAGAAAGUUUGUGCUGAUUUGGUUCGUGGUGCCAAGGACAAGUCCCUCAGGGUGAAGGGACCAGUGAGGAUGCCUACCAAGGUUCUGCACAUUACCACCAGGAAGUCUCCCUGUGGAGAAGGUACCAACACAUGGGACAGAUUUGAGUUGCGUGUGCACAAGCGUGUUAUUGACCUCUUCAGCUCCCCGGAUGUUGUCAAGCAGAUCACCUCCAUUACAAUUGAACCUGGUGUCGAAGUGGAGGUCACAAUUGCUGACCAAUAAACUUCUCGGUUAUAAAAUCUGGUCUGGCUUUCCUAGUUAAUUGGAAGUGUUCUAUCUGGGAUGUUCUUUUCUCAUUUUUAAGUUGAAAACUUGGUAGUGUUUGAAAUUUUCCUGGGAUGAUGGUUUUGAGGACAUGUACUGAAUGUUUUUGAUAUUUAAUAGAGGCACUACUUUUGCAAACUACUGAA